UCUUCCACUGGCGGAACUGCGGCGUUUGACCGGCAGGUUUGGGCGGGAAUUGGAGCAGCGAGCUAAGCUAGCUAGCCUGCUGUCACGGUUCCCCGCUCAUGAUUAACUUAACCGGUUUAGGCUGACUCAUCAUCAUGUUUCUGCUCUUUAACCCGAGGCUCUCGCAGAUGUUCUGGUUCUGGGUUUGAACGCAGAAGUUUGCUCACAGCUGAAGUCGUGACAUUUGGGUUCGGGCCAUUUCUGUCAUUUGUUGCAUUUUAUAUGCAUUUAUUUGACAUUUUAGUACUAGUUGUAGAAUUAUAGUAAUGUACAAAUCUGACCGUGAUUUGGUCUUUUAUCCGUUUGUGGAUCAGAGUCUGAUGCACAUCAGUGGGAUUCUUACUAGUGACCAAAGUCUGCAGCCGUUCAGGAAGUGCAGCCAAAUCCUCAGAAGGUUUCCACAGAAACUAAAGAUAACAGCGAAUAUGAAGAACCCUUUCCAACAUUUGGUGGAAUCUCUCAGCCCCACUGACCCACAGCAGCAGUUUUUCAACCUGUCGAAGCUGACAGACCCCAGAUACGACCGCCUGCCGUUCUCCAUCCGCGUGCUGCUGGAGUCCGCCGUCAGGAACUGCGACGGGUUUCUGGUGAAGCGCUCGGACGUGGAGAACAUCCUGAACUGGAAGCAGACGCAGACUCAGACUGUGGAGGUUCCCUUCAGACCGGCCCGGGUCAUCCUUCAAGACUUCACCGGCGUUCCCGCCGUGGUGGACUUCGCCGCCAUGCGCGACGCAGUCAUGAAGCUGGGCGGCGAUCCAGAAAGGAUCAACCCCGUUUGCCCCGCAGACCUCGUCAUCGAUCAUUCCAUCCAAGUGGACUUCAACAGGAAGUCCGACAGCCUUCAGAAGAACCAGGACUUGGAGUUUGACCGCAACAAAGAGAGAUUCCAGUUUUUGAAAUGGGGCUCCAAAGCCUUCAAGAACAUGCGGAUCAUCCCUCCUGGUUCUGGAAUCGUUCACCAGGUCAACCUGGAGUAUUUGGCUCGGGUGGUGUUCCACCACGACGGCUUCCUGUACCCCGACAGUCUGGUGGGCACCGACUCCCACACCACCAUGAUUGAUGGCCUGGGUGUUCUCGGCUGGGGCGUCGGUGGGAUUGAGGCAGAGGCCGUCAUGCUGGGACAGCCAAUCAGCAUGGUUCUCCCAGAGGUGGUGGGGUACAAGCUGCACGGCGUCCCGGACAAGUUCAUCACCUCCACUGACAUCGUCCUCACGGUCACCAAGCACCUUCGACAGGUGGGCGUGGUGGGGAAGUUUGUGGAGUUCUUCGGCCCCGGCGUCGCCCAGCUGUCCAUCGCUGACCGAGCCACCAUCGCCAACAUGUGUCCAGAGUACGGCGCCACGGCGGCGUUCUUCCCCGUGGACGCCGUCAGCGUUCAGUACCUGGAGCAGACGGGGCGAGAGGCGCAGCAGCUGGCCUACAUCACGGAGUACCUGAAGGCCGUGGCCAUGUUCAGAGACUACGAGGAUGCGGCCCAGGAUCCAGACUUCACUCAUGUGGUGGAGUUGGAUCUCAGCACCGUGGUUCCGUGCUGCAGCGGUCCCAAACGGCCUCAGGACCGAAUUCCCGUCUCCGAAAUGAAGACAGACUUUGAGAGCUGCCUGGGAGCAAAGCAGGGAUUCAAGGGUUUCCAGGUCGCUCCUGAACGCCACAGCGCCGCCGUCCCCUUCCACUUCAGCGGGAAUGAAUACACGCUGAGCCACGGCUCUGUGGUCAUCGCCGCCAUCACCAGCUGCACCAACACCAGCAACCCGUCCGUCAUGCUGGGAGCAGGACUUCUGGCUAAGAAAGCCGUGGAACACGGACUGAGCGUGAAGCCGUACAUCAAAACCAGUCUGUCGCCCGGCAGCGGCGUGGUGACCUACUACCUGAAGGAGAGCGGCGUCAUGGACUACCUGUCCCAGCUGGGCUUUGAAGUGGUCGGCUACGGUUGCAUGACGUGCAUCGGCAACAGCGGGCCGCUGCCAGAAGCGGUGGUAGAGGCCAUAACCCAGGGGGACCUGGUGGCCGCCGGCAUCCUGUCAGGGAACAGGAACUUUGAGGGCCGGGUCCAUCCCAACACCAGGGCCAACUACCUGGCUUCUCCGCCGCUGGUCAUCGCUUAUGCGAUUGCCGGCACCGUGAGGAUCGACUUUGAGACGGAGCCCAUCGCCACCAACUGUGACGGUAAAGACGUCUACCUGAGGGACAUCUGGCCCACGCGGGAGGAGAUCCAGGCCGUGGAAAAAGAGUUUGUCAUUCCGUCCAUGUUCAGAGAAGUCUACCAGAAGAUCGAGAAAGUGAACGAACGCUGGAACGCUCUGGAGGCUCCCUCUGACAAGCUGUACACCUGGGAUCCCAAGUCCACUUACAUCAAGUCUCCACCGUUCUUUGAGGGUUUGACCCUGAAGCUGCAGCCCCCCCGCUCCAUAAAGGAUGCGUACGUGCUGCUCAACCUGGGAGACUCGGUCACCACCGAUCACAUCUCUCCUGCCGGAAACAUCGCCAGGAACAGUUCGGCAGCUCGUUACCUGGCAGACCGAGGUUUGACUCCUCGAGACUACAACUCGUACGGCUCGCGGCGAGGAAACGACGCCGUCAUGGCCAGAGGGACGUUCGCAAACAUCCGCCUCUUCAACAAGUUCCUGGGCAAGCAGGCGCCGCAGACCGUCCACCUGCCGAGCGGAGAAACGCUGGACGUGUUCGAUGCUGCAGAGAGGUACCGGCAGUCCGGUGAGCCGCUGCUGGUUCUGGCGGGGAAAGAGUACGGCUCCGGGAGCUCCAGAGACUGGGCGGCCAAAGGCCCGUUCCUGCUGGGCAUCAAGGCGGUUCUGGCUGAGAGCUAUGAGAGGAUCCACCGCAGCAACCUGGUGGGGAUGGGAGUCAUCCCCCUGGAGUAUCUGCCAGGAGACUCAGCGGACAGCCUGGGCCUGACGGGCCGGGAGCGCUACAGCAUCAGCAUCCCAGAGCCGCUCACGCCCAGGAUGCUGGCGGAUGUGAAGCUGGACUCUGGGAAAACCUUCCAAGUGCGAAUGAGGUUUGACACCGACGUGGAGCUGACCUACUUCCACCACGGAGGAAUCCUCAACUACAUGAUCCGCAAGAUGUCAGCAAACUAAAGCCGGCUUUCUGACGGAAACAGCUGACAGAACCACGGCCCAGAAGAUUGAAUCAUUUUCCAUAACCGCUGCAAACAUAGGAAACGGUCUCUGAGCGGCAACACAGAUGACCGUCUGUCCAGAUCAGAACUACAACUGAAGAAGGUUUAGUUGUAUAACUGAAUCCUUUUCAUGAGGUUAAACAGGAAGUCCUCGUCUCACCUGCAGGUGGGAGGAAUGUCCUUCCUGAUGCAGGUAAACGCCGCGUCCCACAGCCUCUACGUACGUUUGGAUGUAAACUGGUCAGACGUGAAUCAUAAGUGAGAAAGUUGUGGUCUUUAGGUGAAAUGUUCACAGAUGUAUCAGGAAUGAACCACGUUAAAACCACAGAAGAAGUAGGAAUAAACACGCUAAGAACACGUAAACCAACGUAGAACAUGAAGCGUGUGAUUAUUGUGAUGUUUAUCUGUAAUUCAUCAGUGAUUCAUGCAUCAAUGAUGUCAUCUGAACGUGAUCUGUGCGCCGUAUACGUGAUCUAAAAGUUACACAUCAGUGGUUCAUGCAUGAAAAGUCUGUUAGACAAACGUGGAACGCUCCUGGAAAGACACACAUUUCUGGAGGAAUCUCACAAAAAUGACAUAGAUCACGCAUGGAUCACGGAUGACCAACAUUUCAUACGUGGAACACGUGCGUAGUGGCUGUGAGACACGACCUUUAGGGUGACCUUGUCAGUCUGUUUCUCUGUCAACACUUCAGUUCCAGGACAUUGCCUCAUGGCUGACGGGGGACCAGCAGCAGGCGGACCACCUGAACUCUGGUGUCCAUGGAGUUGAAUGGACCUCUGAAAGUGCACUUCUCAUUCCAGUGGGCUGUUCCACGCCCCCCAGUACCCCCCCAGUACCCCCCCAGUACCUCUGACUGUCAUGUUGAUGCCUGGACCAACUUAUAAAGCUGUUUUUUGUCUUACUGCAGCCAGAAAACGUAACAAAAGCUGAUCUGCUGUGGGGUCCAAUUAGACUCGGUUUAGAAUAAAGGAAAAACCAGAUUAUACCUUUGAAACAUGUAUUGUAAACUUACAAGAAAUAUUAAUAACUUGAAAAAAAAAUGUACAUUUAAAACUUGAAUAAAAAUAAAACUGUGACCAAAUAAUAAAAAAAUGAACAUUU